AAUGACGUCACAGGCCUCGUAUUGAUCCAGGUUGGAUCCUGUAGCGACUGAUAUGCCUGAUGGCUGACUGUCUAUGAUGGCCGUCGAUUUCGCAGCUACAUAUAAAAUACUGGUAUUGGGGGAUAGUAACGUCGGUAAAACAUGCAUCGUUCACAGAUUCUGCGAUGAAAGAUUCUACGAUACAUACAUAUCUACUAUCGGAAUUGAUUUUAAGCAGAAGAUCAUUAAUUUAGAUGGGAUGCCAGUAAAACUGCAGAUAUGGGAUACAGCAGGACAAGAACGCUUCAGGACCCUAACAACGGCUUACUACAGAGGAGCCAUGGGAAUUCUGGUUAUGUACGAUGUCACUAAUAUGGAUUCUUUCAAUCAUCUGUCUUACUGGUUUCGGAAUGUUCAAGAGAAUGCUGCCCACGACGUAGUGAAAGUUUUGGCAGGAAAUAAAUGCGACGCCUCGCAUCAACGUGUCGUGGAAUACGAAAGAGGAUUGAAGUUUGCGGAUAGUUUUGACAUUCCCUUCUAUGAAUGCAGCUGUAAGCAGAACAUCAACAUUCAAGAGGCCUUUAUAGCUCUAGCAAGAAAAAUAAGGGAACAAAGAGAACGAAGAGCUAGCAAAUUUGAUGAAUUAGAGAGACUUCAAUGGGAGAAAGCAGAUUUGAAUCACAACAAGCAACUCGCAGCUGGAACUUAUAAAUGCAAUUGCUAAGUCUUUGCUGUCAUAAUGGUGUGGAUAUUUUUUAUUAACAAAAAAUAAAGACUAUUGCCUGCUUCCCAUUUGUUGCAAAGAGAAUCGGGAACUAAUGGGACUUGUAUGUAUUGUUGUGUAUUAAUUAUACACAAAAGUUUAGUAGACAGAGCCUUUUUUGAAUCUGUAUUCUGUACUACUUUCCUCUAAAGGUGUGUAAUGUCAAUACCGUAGAAACUUUUCCAUCGGAAACUGUCACAAAUACACUGGUAUUUAAGAUAAUAUAGAAACUAACAGAAUUCCCUUUUUAUUUUUAUUUCUAUUUAAUGAAACUUUUAACGUUAGAUACAGGUUCCAAUAAAAAUCUUCUCUUCAAUUACAAUUAAAAUUGCUUAUAGCCGUAUUUAAUAGUUUUCAAAUUAAACAAUUUAACUGAGUGAGGAAUUGUACAAGUUGUUUACUGGAAAGUCAUGUGGUUUAGAUCACACGAUUAGCACAUCUCGUCACGUGAACGUUCAUUAUACAAGACAUUCAAUCAUAAAAGUAAAUUUUAAGUGGAUUCUUUUAUUUUUAUUAAAGCUUUGCUGAUAAUGUUUAUCUAUAUUUAUGAAUAAUUAAGAGUAUAUUAAAAUAAAUUAUUGUAAAUAUGUAUGUACAUGAACAAACAAUUCACAUUUGCAUAAAUAUUGCACUUCAUUGAUAAACUUUUCCCAAUUGGACGAAUUAAUCGUUUAUGCAUUAAACAUUAAAAUUAAGGAAUAAAUUAGGACUUAUUUUGAGAAUUUCGCUGCUUUAAUUAGUUACUAUGCAAGAAAACAAAGUGAUUUCGGCACACAUCAAUUAAUUUGAUCAUUUGUUCAUUUUGUUUUGCUGUUAAAUCUAUCUCAACAGACUCCAAUAAACUAACAAAAUGGUGAAGUACUUAACUUUUAGAUGAGUAUUUAAUCCUGUUUACUAGCAACAAUAGAUUUUUAAUUGAAAAAAUUCGGCUCAGUUUACUCCGACGAGCAAAAGCUAUCUGCUAUCUUUACAGUAUAUGUAAAUAUAUAAUGUAAGUGUUGAUAUAUAUCUUGUACACUUAUAUAAAUAGCUUAAAAUAUGUAAAACCUAAAAAUUGAAAAGCAUUCAAACUUAAUCGAAUAUUCACAAAUUUUUCAAAGUGCGCAUUAAAGAUGUCUUCGUUUUUAUUUCAGAGAGAAAAAUCUGUGAAAAAUUCGAAAACUCAGAUCUCAUUUAACACUCGGAAGACUGCAUUAGAGGAAUCAGAUGCUAUUAUUUUAAAGAAAGUGUUGGUUUAUCACACAUUGCUGGCAAUUGUCGGUUGAAAUCUCCCAGAUACUGCUACACAUUACUUUAUUUAUCCCUUAUCCUUUAUGUGCUCGAAUUUGGUGUUUAAAUGAGAUCUCGAUGUGCAGUUUACAGAGAUUUGCAGAUUUCUUUUUAGCUCCUUCGAAGAGUGAAAUUCAAUAUUGAUCUUUUCUUCGAAAUAGAGUAGACACGCAUUACUUUCGAAAGUAACGCGACCCUUUUUAAAAAAAAUAGUAAUUUCUAUCCAUUAUUCCUCCACGAAAUUACUAUCGUUUGUUAAAAUUAUGUUUUGUACUAGAGACAAGAAUUUAUAUUAGUUAAUGUCGAAUCCAUUGUAUCCAUAUCUAUGACGUAAAUAUAACUUAAAUGACACAAUAUGUAAAUUUCUAUAAUAUUAUAGUUAUCCUUGAACAUUAAAUUUGCACUUUAUAAUAUAAACAAUAACACUUUAUAGCAAUUAGUAUGAUGUUGUAUAAAUUUACGUUCUAUAUGUAGAGUUAACUGACGUGUUUCGAACUUCGAUCACUAGGGCCAGUUUCGGCGCGGCAUCUUUUUUUAUGUGUAGCAUAACAUGCUGUGAUCGAAGUACUUCUUACGUCAUUCCUUUUUUUAUUAUAACAAUACGACGUCAUAUUUUAUAGAUUAAAGAAAUAAACUUCAGAGUUGUAAUCGAAGAAGUUUGAUAGAAAAAAAAUAAACAAAUAAAUAAAAAGUUACAUGUUUUUGAAAGGUUUGUUUAUGAAAAAUCGAACUUUGUAGUUAUUGUAAUUUAAUACGAUUAAUAUGAGAAAUAUAUGCUUUAAUUCAUAACUGUAGCUUGUAGUAUUUCAUAAUUUAUUUAUCUUUCAUACAUUUAAAGAAAGUAAAAGUGUAAUUAUAAACGUAAUUAUAAAUGUUAUUAACUCUUUUCUAAUUUUUCAACUUAGAUCACACGGCUGUUUUCAUCUAUCGAGGGAAACGAAAUUUUCUCUGAUAAUUUAAGUAGCUUCAUUUGCAUAUGCAAGAUGUGUGCCUUUUUAAUCUAUGUGCUUAUUUAUGUUAACGAGUUCGUUUUCCUGUAUGUGAACCCGAUUCUUCCUUAAAUUUAAUAUCGACUUUUCGUGGUCUCGGAUCUAUUUUGUGUUUAUUCUUAUAAACUGUUUUAUAUAUAUCACUUUGUGUUUUGUUCCAGAAGGAAAAUUUGAUAUAUAUAUGAAAAAAUAUCGCUCAAAAUCAAAAUAAAAAAAAGGCAAAAAUAAUGAUCAAUUAAUUGCUCAAAUAUUUAAACUUCAAUUUCCUAAUUUUGAAUGGUAUUUUGUCAAUUUUAUUUUGUAUUUACGUAAGAUUUUGGAUUAAUAAAUUAAAUGAAAUAUUUGAAAAGUCUGCAGAGUCAGGCAAACAGCAACAAGGGUCCAAAAAAAAAAAAAAAUGAUUUCCUCUUCAUUAAAAGGG